GUCACUUUGAUCCCCGCCGCCACGCGCUCCCACUGGCAUUAGCACCCCUACGCUGCCGCAUUUCAAUUUUCACCUUUCUCCGCCAUAUUCAUUAGCAGCCGCCGCCGAACACCGAAAAUGUUUGCCUUUUAAGACGUUCAAAGAUCCGAUCGUCGUCGGUCUAGGGUUCCGGCGAGUAAUUUUAUUUAAUAAAUUAUUUGCAGAGGAAGUAGGUUAUCGGAUUGUAGGUAUUCUAUGGCUUCGGAGGAUGUGAAGUCGAGUGAAUCGGCAGUCUCGAAGAUUGUGAAUUUUGCUGAAGAAGCCAAGCUUGCCAGAGAAGAAAUUAAGCCCACUAGCCACGCUGUUCUCAGUAUCUGCAAGUCUCUUGUCGCCGGUGGUGUCGCUGGUGGUGUAUCACGUACUGCUGUAGCCCCAUUGGAACGGCUGAAAAUUUUACUUCAGGUUCAAAAUCCACAUAACAUAAAGUACAGUGGUACAGUUCAAGGCUUGAAAUAUAUUUGGAGAACUGAGGGUUUUAGGGGAUUGUUCAAAGGCAAUGGGACCAAUUGUGCUCGCAUUGUCCCAAAUUCUGCAGUAAAGUUCUUUAGCUAUGAGCAAGCUUCCAAGGGUAUACUGUGGCUAUAUCGAGAGAAAACUGGAAAUGAGGAUGCUGAACUCACUCCUCUAUUGCGGCUUGGAGCGGGAGCUUGUGCUGGAAUAAUUGCCAUGUCUGCGACAUAUCCAAUGGACAUGGUACGAGGAAGAUUGACCGUACAGACUGAGAAGUCUCCCUAUCAGUACAGGGGAAUGUUUCAUGCUUUAGCCACUGUUCUCCGAGAGGAAGGCCCCCGGGCUUUGUACAAGGGCUGGCUUCCUUCUGUUAUUGGAGUUAUUCCAUAUGUGGGUCUCAACUUUGCUGUGUAUGAAUCAUUAAAGGAUUGGUUGGUUAAGGCUAAACCUUUUGGGCUUGUUGAAGACUCGGAAUUAGGUGUUAUAACAAGACUUGCAUGUGGGGCUGCAGCUGGGACUGUUGGUCAAACUGUUGCUUACCCUUUUGAUGUUAUGCGAAGAAGAAUGCAGAUGGUGGGAUGGAAAGAUGCCGCUUCUGUUGUCACUGGUGAUGGAAGGAGCAAAGCUCCACUUGAGUAUACCGGCAUGAUUGAUGCCUUCAGGAAAACUGUGAGGCACGAGGGCUUCAAAGCCUUGUACAAGGGUCUGGUCCCCAACUCAGUCAAGGUCGUCCCGUCAAUAGCUAUUGCAUUUGUGACGUACGAGCAAGUGAAGGACUUACUUGGCGUUGAGAUCAGGAUAUCAGACUGACAAGAGAGCCUUGCAUAUUUUUUUUUUUUUGGGUUGCAUGUGAAAUUUUUAUAGACAAGGAGAAGAGCAAUCGCAACAUGGUUAUGGCCUCUCCAUCCCUGAGAGAAUUUAGAGACCUGCUCUAGUCUGUCUAUAUGUUGCUUCUCUGUUUAGCCAUGUCUAUAUGUUUUGCCCUUCCAAGUGCUUUAGCAUGUAGCAGUUGCCAUUCAGAUGAUGUGUCAAUAAUGAUAUGGCUGACGAAUAUUGCAAUAACUGCCUUGGUUGUGUCCCUGAUAAAGCAGAACCCAUCAGAUUUAUUGUGCGUCCGACUUUUCAUCACGAAUUUUA